UGGGGGUUGUAGAGACAGGAAAGAACGGGAGAAAAGGAGGGAGAGGGAAGGAGGGGAAUAGACAGCCAUUACCGAAUCACAGUCGUGGUAUUCAUCGCUUCCUUGUCCCGGGUCAGUACAAACGGCUGAGUAGCAGCCCUGAUCAGACCGUCUGUACCUAAACGUGCUUCCGAAAGAGGAAAGACGCUUGUCGCGAGGAGGGCGACUCGAAGAGCCACAGCAUCCCUGUCUCUGUAACCCUGUAAAAUAUUCCGACUCGAGGACCGCUAAUCUCCGCCCCGCUCUUUUUCCAACCCUCCGGCGUGAUGGAGUCCUCGGACGAGGAGACACUGAGCGAGCGCUCCUACGUUAGCGAGAGGAGCGAGCGGUCUUUGCGUAGCGAGCGCUCGGGGGGUUCCCUGUCCCCCUGCCCGUCCGGACCCCAGGGCCCUCCUGGGGACACCCUACCUUGGAACCGACCGUCCAGACACGAGAGAGGAGAGAGGAGGAAGAGGAAGACCCACGACUCGGUGCUGGACCCGGCGGAGAGGGCGGUGGUGCGUGUUGCAGAUGAGCGAGACAGGGUGCAGAAGAAAACCUUCAUGAAAUGGGUCAACAAACAUCUCAUCAAGGUGAGGAAGCACAUCACAGACCUGUACGAGGACYUGAGAGAUGGACACAACUUGAUCUCCCUCCUGGAGGUCCUCUCUGGAGUCACCCUGCCCAGAGAAAAGGGUCGCAUGCGAUUCCACCGGCUCCAGAAUGUCCAGAUCGCCCUGGACUUCCUCAAACAGAGACAGGUCAAACUGGUGAACAUCCGGAACGAUGACAUCACAGACGGCAACCCCAAGCUGACACUGGGCCUCAUCUGGACCAUCAUCCUGCACUUCCAGAUCUCAGAGAUCUACGUGAGCGGUGAGUCAGGGGACCUGACGGCGAAGGAGAAGCUGUUGUUAUGGAGCCAGCAGGCCACAGAGGGCUGGCCUGGCCUCCGCUGUACCAACUUCUCCUCUUCCUGGCGCGACGGGCGCAUGUUCAACGCCCUGCUCCACCGAUUCAGGCCAGACCUGAUUGACAUGGAGGUGGUGGCGCAGCAGAGUAACCUUGACAACCUGGAGCAGGCCUUUGAGAUCGCCGAGUCGCUAGGGGUGACCAGACUACUGGACGCUGAAGAUGUGGACGUUCCGUCUCCAGAUGAGAAGUCGGUCAUCACGUACGUCUCCUCCAUCUACGAUGCCUUCCCCAAGAUCCCAGAGGGAGGAGAGGGCAUCGCCGCACACGAGGUGGAUCACCGCUGGGCAGAGUACCAGUCUCGUUUCUCCACGCUGCUCCAGUGGAGCAGGCAGCACACGGCACUCAUGGCCAACAAGAACUUCCCACUUAACCCUGUGGAGCUCAAGGCACUUUACAAUGAGUACGUCCAUUUCAAAGAGACGGUGAUCCCUGCCAAGGAGCUGGAGAAGAGUGGCGUUGAACACCUCUACAAACUGCUGGAGGUAUGGAUGGAGUUUGGGCGCAUCAAGCUGCCCCUGGGCCUGCACCCCAACGACCUGGAGGAGGAGUGGGGCAAGCUGAUCCUGGAGAUGCUGGAGAGAGAGAAGGCCCUGCGGCCCGCUGUGGAGAGACUGGAGUUAUUGCUGCAGAUGGCCAAUAAGAUCCAGAACAUGGCCCUGGACUGUGAGGAGAAGCUCACCCUGGCCAAGAACACACUGCAGGCCGACAUGUCCCAGGUGGAGAGUGGCGAGGCGGUGCGUUGUGAGAGGGAGCUGGGUUUGUACCUGCAGGACUGUGAGGUUCUGAUCAGACGGCUCAACGUGGACCUCCACGUCCUCCGAGACCAGAAGUACUACCAGGUGGAGCAGCUCGCCUUCAGAGUGUCCUGUCUACACGAGGAGCUGGUCUCUCUCCGGCUCCAGUGCUCCAGCGUCUACAGGAAGGGUCACUUCUCCCCGGUGACGGGGGGAGACCGGACGGCCCCGCGGGGGAGCGACAGUGGUCUCUCCCUGUCCACGGGGGCCCAGACCCUACUGGGGGCAGUGGGGGUGAUGGGGGCAGCCCUGCUCAGGAGACCCAUGUCCCGCUCUCAGCUGGUGGCCAUGUCAUCCUCGGAGGACGAGGGGAGUCUCCGGUUCGUCUAUGAGCUCCUGGGAUGGGUGGAGGAGACACAGGACGUGCUGGAGCGUGCCGAGUCGGGGGCGGACCUGCCCUCUGUAGAGCAGAACCUUCAGGACCACCAGAACAUCCACACUGCCGUGGAGGAGCUGCUGCACAGCCUGAAGGAGGCUCGCAACUACGAGACGAAAGUCUCUCGUAACUUCAGGAGCAAUUAUUCUGACACUCUGGCCAAGCUGGAGCAGCAGUACUGCAAACUACUGGAAAACUCAUCGUGGCGUAUGCGCUGCCUGGAGAGCCUGCAUGCGUUUGUGUGUCACUGUACAGAGGAGCUGAUCUGGCUCAACGAGCGAGAAGAGGAGGAACUGGCCUACGACUGGAGCCACAACAAUACCAACGUCAACGCCAAGAGAGAUCUAUACGCCGAAAUGAGGUCAGAGCUGGAGGAGAAACAGGAAGUGAUGCACUCGCUGCAGGAAACGGCCGACCGGCUCUGUCAGGAGAACCACCCGGCCAAACAGACAGUGGAGGCGUACAGUGCAGCGCUGCAGACCCAGUGGCAGUGGGUACGCCAGCUGUGUGUGUGUGUGGAGCAGCAUCUCAAAGACAAUACUGCCUACUUCCAGUUUGUGAGUGACGCACGGGACUGCGAGACGUACCUGCGUCAGCUCCAGGACACCAUAAAGMGACAGUACACCUGUGACAAGGACAGCAGGCUGGGCAAGCUGGAGGACCUGCUGCAAGACUCUAUGGAGGAGAAGGAGCAGCUGAUUGAGUACCGCAGCUCUGUGGCCAGCCUGGUGGGCCGGGCCAAGACGGUGGUGCAGCUCCUCCCCCGCAGCGCGGAGAGCACCCUGGGAAGCACCACGCCCAUCCGCGCCAUCUGUGACUACMGGCAGAUAGAGGUACCACACCCACACUCUGAUGAGUGUGUGUGUUUGGAGAACUCUCAGAGGACUAAAUGGAAGGUGAUAGCAUUUCCCAGUGGAGAAGGUAGGCCAUGGUGGUCAGUCUGCUUCACCGUAACAGCAGCCCAACCAGAGGCCAUGGACACGCGAAGCAGGUACACAUCGUGUACCAGGACAGUGAUGUCUCUAUGGCAUCUAACGACGUAGAUGAAGAGUGUGGUCUCCUGGCACUCUGCAGAAAGAGAUCAAGGCGGUAUCUCCUGGAGCCUAGCCACGGUACGUUCCCAGACCCCUGUGGCCAGGGACCAGGCUCUGGACCAUUUGGAGGCCCACCUGGCUGACUUCCUCUCUGACAGCAAAGAGAGCGCCCUCUUCAACCCCGCUGAGAGACGCGAGCUGGAGAGAGACGCCCACACCGCCCAGGAACACUGCCAGGACCUGCUGGUCAACAUGGAGACAGUGGAGAAGGAUGAGUCUGUCUCUCGGUCCUACCUGNUGUCAGAGCUCCAGAACAUUAAACUGCGUCUGGAGGAGGCGGAGCAAAAGCUGAUGCGCGGCAUUCAGACUCCGCCCCCUAGCAACCUAUCGGGCAACAGCGUCGACAACACUGUUCAAAUUGCAGAGCAAGAGAAGCUGCAGUCGGACCUGGAUGGCCUGCGGACCAGUCUUGGUGAGGUKUCGCGUCGCUGUGUGAGUUUCUUUGAGGAGAAGCCYACCUCCUCCACUGUUCCCGUGCUGCGCUCUGAACUCAACCUGGCUGUGGAGAAGAUCGACAGACUACACAACCUCUCCUCUGUCUACCUGCGCAAGCUGAAGACAGUGGAUGUGCUGAUCCACAGCUUGCAGGCUGCAGAGAGCCAGGUGAAGAGGUACGAGAGCAGGCUGAGUGAGGAGGACAUCGUCCCGGCAGACGCCAACGCAAUCCAGGCCCUACGGGAACAACUGGGGACGUGGCAGUCAGAGCUUGAGGACCAGGAGGGGGUGUUGAGCUCCCUGCAGUCGGGGGUGCAGAAGGCCCGGGAGACGGGGACUCAGCUGAACAGGCUCCACCCAGACCGCAGCCCGGAGCUGGAGCGCUACCAGGAGAAAGCCGCCCAGCUCACCGAGAGGUGGGCCGGAGUCAAGAGACAGAUGGACACACGGCGAGCCGAGCUAGAGGCUCUGGGCUCGGUCCUGCAGCACUACAGAGACGGCCACUCUGCUCUGAUCCACUGGAUAGAGGAGACCACUGAGAGACAGGAGAACACYCAGCCUGGACAGACUGACAGCAGAGUCCUGUCUGAACAACUGGCAGAACAAACGGCAUUAGUAGCCGAGAUCGAAAAGAACCAGACCAAACUAGACGAGUGCCAAACCCACUCCAAACAGUACUGCACCUCUGUCAAGGACUACGAGCUACAACUGAUGACAUUCAAAGCCUUUGUGGAGUCGACCCAGAAAUCCACUGUUAAGAGGAGGAGGAUGCACUCUUCAUCAGACGCCAUCACGCAGGAGUUCAUGGACUUGCGCACACGCUACACAGCCCUGGUUACCUUGACGACGCAACACGUCAAGUACAUCAGCGAUGCACUGAGAAGACUAGAGGAGGAAGAGAAAGAGGUGGAGGAGGAGAGGCAGCAGAGGGUAGRCCAGGUGUCAGAGCUGCUGGGCUGGGUCAAGGGCCUCCAGGGCCGAGCAGGGGACCCCUCCGCCGAGUCAUCCAUCGCAGCGCAGGAGGCCGUGAGUGAGCAGUUAGCGGCUAAGAAGGAAGAGGUGGCUCAGGCGAUCAGGAACACCCAAGUCUUCCUGAUGUCUAAACAGGCCAGCAAGUUGUCCCCAGAGGAACGUGUCCAGGUGACCUCCCAGCUGGAUGAGCUGACGGCCACCUACAGCCAGCUGUGUGACCGUUCCACCGCCCGACUGCAACAGCUGGAGCAGGAGCAGGCCAAAGAGGAGCAGAGAAAGAGCCAAGCUGCCAUUGGCGGAGUUAUUGACCUGGGCACCAUGGAAACUAUCCCAGUCUUCCAAGCUGCUCAGCGUGGCCUCAUUGAUCAGGACACCUGCCAUGUCUUAUUGGAGGCCCAGCUCACCAUGGGUGGGUUAUUUCAUCCUGUCUCCCCUGUGAGCCUAUCACUGGAAGARGGCUUCAACUGUGGCCUGAUUGAUAGUAUCAUCAGCCAAUCCCUAGCAGAGCUGGAGAGUGCCUUGCAUCUUGUCGACCAGACAGAACAACUGGAGGGCCAGCUCCUCCCAGUGGCUGCAGCCAUGGAGGAGGGCCUUAUCAGAGAGGAGUUGGGGCUGCGUAUCCUGGAGCUGCAGAUGAACACAGGAGGCCUGAGGGAGUUGGGAGGAAGAAGACUGACSUUGGAUAGUGCUGGAGAGAUGGGCCUGCUGACCCCAAGGGUCUACACCAAGCUCAGGUCACGGGUCAAUCGGCGGGAGCUCGUUGACCCUAACACAGCUGAAAAGCUGAAUCUGUCUGAAUUGCAGCAGCGCUGCGUCCUCAGCGAUGACACCGGCUUGCAUUUGCUGCCAGUCAAACAGCAGCCAGGAGGCACCGUCUGCCUCGCUUCCGGCAGGAAGGUUGGGAUCUUCCGUGCUGUCCAAGAGAAUCUGAUUGACAGGCAAGUUACGGUGAGAUUGCUGGAGGCCCAGCUAUUUGCAGGUGGGAUCGCUGACCCCCGUACGGGACGCCGCCUGACUGUGGAUGAGGCUGUGCGUCACAAUCUGAUGGACCAGGACCUGGCCUGUGCCAUGYUGACCCGCCAGCUGCAGAGUGGUGGGAUACUAGACCCUGUAAGUGGGGAGCGCCUAGGGUUGGAGGAAGCAAUCCAGAGGGACCUGCUCUCACCUCGUMUGGCCCUGCUGGUGCUCGAGUCCCUCUGGGCUUUUAUGGGGAUGCUCUGGCCUGAGUCAGGGGAGCUGCUGCCCAUUGCAGAGGCUCUACAACAAGGGGUCAUCUCGGGAGAGCUGGCUCUGAACAUCCUGAGACAACGYCACACGAUAGGUGCCCUGUACCUUCCUGAAACCCCCAAGGUUGUGUCCCUGAAUCAGGCUAAGGAGGUCCUUGAACCCAAAGUGGCUGAGAUUUUGAAAGAGAUUCAGAUCCCAGAUGUGCUACACAACAUGAACCAGUCAGGCUCCCCAAAACUAAAUCGCCUAAGCUGGGGCUCCACUGGGUCAUCCCCUCCCUCCUCACCACCUGCCUCUUCCCCAGAGCACACAUGUGUCCCCUCAUUUCUGGAGGAGAUGGCCCCUGAGGAGCAGGCACAUCACCGCUUGCUUUUCCAUUUAAUGACCCACAGUUAUAUAGAUGCCCAUUCUGGCCAGCGCUUAGUGUUGCUCGAGCCUGAGCUGGUGGAACUUGUCAAGGCUGCUACUGGUCUGAUCAAUGUGGAUCCUAAUCCUGGAGUGGUUGUGUCAGGGUUGAGUUUGACUUCAGAAAGACAGGAGUKUAUGGAAGUAGUGCCAAUUGUAAGUUUGGCAGAUAAUCAGCAGACAAGGGAAAUUGGAGAGGUCCAGGAAAAGAAAACAUUCAGCUUGUCUGAAAAAUAUAUUUCCUCCAGAAAGAUGGUAGAAGAAGCUGAUAGUCAAGGAUGGGAUGGUACACCAGACAUGAUAUUGCAGGCUAAGCAAACUGGAAUUAAGGAGAUGGGACAGGUAGACCUUGACUCAACCAUGAGAAUAAGUGAGGAGGUAGAUGGAGGUGUACACRGAGAAGUAAAAAGUGAAAAGGAUGAAAUUGUUAUUAUUGAAAGUGUCCGGCCCUCAGCUGGACUACCAGAAAAGCAAUUAAUUACAGACUCGUAUGAAGAGGGGCUGGUAGAGAUUGAAUCAGAGGGAGCAAGAGAUAGAAGUCACAAAAAGACAAAGGAUAAGGACUCACUCAUGGAAGACAUUGACGGUACACUUGUUGAAGCCUCAGAAAUGUACUCAACACCAUUUAAGACCGAGGCAGAGACUCUGAUGCCAACCCAAUCUGAUGCCAACCCUAUUCCACCAUCAGAGACUAAUGAAAAUGAGAGCAUGCCUGUGAGUGUUGGAGUUAAACAUACUAUGAAGGAUGCUCAGAGGGUCACAGUGAAGACCCCACCCCAGGUUAUGAGUUUAGAGGCAGCAGCAGUGAAGAGUGAGGAGGAUGUUGAGCUGGAAAGGUUGACCUCAGAGCUUCACCAAGGGGGUCUACUGAUGGAAGGAGGGCAGCGGCUUCUCCCAGAUGAAGCCGUGGCUCAGGGGGUCCUCCCUGGACACACUGCAGUCAAGCUGAUGGCCAAGGCAGGACUUUUCGGMGGUUUCCUGGAUGUCAGUGCAUGCGAAUCUCUGAGCAUGGAGGAUGUGAUGCAGGAGGGUCUGCUUGACGAAGACCUGAUGUGGAGUGUGCUGAAAUCAGAGAAGACCCUGGCAGGGGUAGUGGAUGUAGAGAAGGGGAAGAUUUGUACCCUGAAGGAUGCUGCUCGGGCAGGCCUGAUAGACUCCAACACAGCUGCUCGGCUUCUGGAGGCCCAGGUGGUCUCAGGGGGAGUGGUUGACCUGCGGAGGGAUAAGAAAGUGUCUGUUACCCUGGCAGCCAACCUUGGGCUGAUAGAGGAGGACCAACGAGAGAAGCUAGUUGCGUUGGAGAAGUCAUACCGUGGAAAAUACUCAGACCCAGAUUCAGCGCUAACCAAAGCAACGUUGCAGCUGCAAAUGGAUGGGGUUGUCGAUCCCAAAACRAAGUCACCUGUUYCCCUAAAGCARGCCCUUGAAAGAGGUUUGCUUGGGCAGGAGGAAGUCUAUCAAGCCUUGUCCCAGCAAGUGGCAGAGGGUGGCAUCGUGCAYCACAACUCUGGAGUUAGACUGUCAGUUGCUGAUGCUUUGCAGCGAGGUYUGGUAGACCGUGCCAUAGCCSCAGAACURGGGGAGUUAGAGAGAGCAUGUCAGGGGGAAGUCGCCCUCUCUUCAAACCCAGAUGCUGCCCUCCUCCAGGCGUCCACAGGUGCCAUUUUGGACCCUGAUUUAAAGUGUAGACUUACAUUGACAGAGGCUGUCUCCGAUGGUCUGCUCGAUGAGAGCACUGCCAAGAAAGCAAUGGUUUCUCCAGGUGUAACACAAGGUUUGUUGGAUCCACAAAGUGCCCAAAUUGUGCCGUACUCAGACCUUGUAAACCAAGGCAAGAUUGACAUUAAGAGCGGAAAGCGCUUCUUGGAAGUGAAGCMUUUCAAGGGAAUCCAGGAUAAGCAAACAGGUGAAAUCCUGAAUUUAGCUGAAGCAAUUGYAUCUCAACAAGUUGAUCCGGUCCCAGCACUCAGAAUGUUGCAAAGCCAGGCAGACACUGGAGGGAUUAUUGAUAUUUCCAAUGGAGCUAGGCUCCCUCUGCCUAAAGCCUCUAAGAAAGGGCUGGUGGGAGAACAUAUGGCCAGGCUCAUUGCCACCAACCAGGUUCUGAAAGGGGGCUUGUUUGACCCUUCCACAGGGCAGAGAGUCUCUAGCCUGAAAAAAGCUGUCAAAGAUGGGCUUAUAUCCAGAGAAAUGGCUGCAGAACUCCAGGGCAACUUGGGCUCCAUGGAAGUAGAAUGUGACGAUGAGGAUAGUUCAACACCCAUUGCCUCUUCAAAUGGGACCUAUAGUCCUGCAGUCACAUUAUCAAUAUCCAGUCCAGACAGCCAAACCAAAAUAAUUAUUGAAAGUUCUGAAGUUAUUUCUCCAUCCACACAUCCAGAAGAGUCAGAAAAGGGUUAUAACCCUUUAAUGAUCACAGAGGACAUUGUAAAGACUCUAGAAGCCGGAACGUUCARGCAGUCAGAAGAUCUGCAACACCAUGGCUCUGUACACAUUGAAGAAGAAAUGGAAGAUGAACAGGUCUCAAUAGCCGGGAAGUCAUUGGAAAUUGAGUCGGACCAGUCAAUCAAUUUGUUGGCUCAGUUUGCAAUCAAUGCGAAGAAAAGGGUUCAGCAGGCCCUUCAGGAGAUGGAGACUCCGCAAGAUGUUACUGUUCGACCACCAGAAAAUGAAAACAAAAAGGGGUCUAGACCUGUGGGUGACAGUAGUUCAGUCACACAGCAGGGGCAGUCUGCUAUGGGCAAAGAACCACGGAUGGACUCGACAGGGGCCAUUGGCAGAGAAGGUAGGGAUCAACAGGGCAGCAUAGACAUUUCUACACUAGUUGAGAGAGAUGAAGGGAAGACAAAUGUGGCAGAAGACAGUAUUGAGAGCGUGGUGGAGCAAGGUAGAGUGGAGGUUGAGAGGGACACAAAGAUUGAGGUCACAGAGCGUGAUGAUCUUGGACAUGCAUCACCCCCUUCCAAGGAGGCCGAAGGAAAGAGCAAAAAGAAGAGGAAGAAUAAGAAGAAAGGAAAAGGGGAGGUUGACAUUGAGUCAGAGGGUAAGGAUAAGGGUAUUGAGUCCACCAGGGGUUAUGUUACCCCACAGGAGAAAGAGGAGUCCCUUGUGCAAGAUGUUCAAUCUGCACUUGGAAGUGCCAAGGCACAUUCUGUUGAGAGGUUUGGAGAUCCAGAAGAUAUUGGCAAAGUAAGGGAAGGUUCUACUGUUCCGCUAGGAGCCAUAGAAGAUGCUCUUGAGGUAGAGAGCGAUGGUACAGAAGAGUAUAAGAUCUUCAAGGACCAAAGACGGGUGGAGAAGAACAAAACGUCUAAGAUACCUAUGGCAUCAGAGAAGGUUGAACCUGUGACAGAGGAGAUACCAUCCAUCCAUGAUAAAGCAGAUUCUGAAGUGACAGUAACGAAGGGUGUUCUCGAUAGCUUGGACAAAAAGUCUAAGAUACCCAUAGUAGCAGAAAAGGUUGAAUCUGUGGCAGAUGAGCGAUCGUCCAUCCAUGAUAGAGUAUCCAUUCAUAAUAGAGUUUCUAAGGAUGAGCAAAAGCGGGAAGGCGAGCAGAUUGUGGGAAAGAGUGAUUCAGAUGGGGAGAAGACGGUUUCUCAACAGACUGGACAACAGGAGCAUAAGGAUAGAAAAGAGGUGGAAUUCACUCUGAAAACCCACCAGGCAGUAAAUGACAAAGAGGCCCUUUUACGGAAGGCGAAAGAGAGUAUCCUGAGGAAGGUGUUUGGGCGAGGUGUUAGUGAGAAGCAAGCUGCAGAGGAGCUAGUGGCACUGCGUCAGGUAGUGGGGAAGAAAGAGAGUUUGGUGACAUCCGAAGAGGAUCUUAAGACUGUGGGGAGUCCUGAGGUUUCACCAGAAAAGAGUAAAGGAAUUGACAAGAAGAAAGGAGAAAGAGAGAAAGUUCUGCCUGGCCAUUCUAUGAUUCCUGUAGCAGCAGAGGAAGUGGAAAAAGCUCUGCCAUACGAGGUUAAAGGAGGAAGGAAAGGGGAGAAAGUUUCACUAGACCAGGCUAAAGAAGGAGAGAAAGCUCUGCCAUACCAGGCUAGAGGAGGAGAGAAAGCUCUGCCAUACCAGGCUAGAGGAGGAGAGAAAACAGACCAGGCUAGAGGAGAGAAAGAGGAGAAAGUUCUACCAGACCAGGCUAGAGAAGGAGAGAAAGAGGAGAAAGCUCUGCCAUACCAGGCUGGAGAAGGAGAAAAAGUUAUACCAGACCAAGCUAAAGGAGAUAAAGAGGAGAAGGUUAUACCAUCUCAAACAGACCAGCUUAAAGAGAUGAUGCCGGGAAAGAAAAAUAAGAAGAACAAAAAAUCUAAGAUGCAUAAAGUGGUAGAAAAAGUUGAACCUGCGACAGAGGAGAAGCCAUCCAUCCACAAUAGAGCAGAYUCUGAAGUGAAAUCCACCCCGGCUGAUCUAGAAAGCUCAGUCUCUGGGGAGGAGCAGAAGAUUGAGAAGCAGCAAGACAAUAARUCAGACGGUGAUGUUACAACGGUGGCAAGUGGUGAGGAGCUGAACAAAAUGGCUGCCUCUACCAAGAGUCUUAGUGGAGUUGACACCAAUCAACAAAGAUCAACCCACACCACUGCACCGUACCAAAUCAAUGCACACCUUGAGGAGAAAACUAAGGAGGAUAUUUCUUUGAGGAGAGAAAUUGACCCACAUGGCAAGGAAAUUGAACAAUUUAGGAUUGGUACACCUGAGAAGGAUGUCCACCCAGACACYCAUCGUGUUAUUGACGUUGUGGAUGCCUCUCCUGAAGCCCUUGUAUCCAUGUCAGGCGCCCACCUGGUCAAGGCCUCUGUGGCUCCAGGUACCCAGACUGCUAAGACCACAGAGGAAACUGAUGCACAUCUGGUGAAAGAUACUGAGGAGGACCGGUGUCCGAGCAAACAAACUGAUCUUCCUGGCAAGGACAUUGAACAACUAAGAAUUAGUACACCUGAGGAGGCAUUUUUGGCACCUGCUACCCAGCCAGCUAAAACUACUGGCAAAGGGAAGAAGAAGAAAACGAAACAGCAAGAACAACAGCAGGAGCAGAAACUUGACAGUCCCACUGAAACUGAGUGUAAAGAGGAACAGUACCUUGAGGAGUCCACAGAAUCAGGACAGUCCUGGUCUGACGAGACCCCACAGUCUGAUGCAAAUGAGAUUGUUGAGUCUGAUACAACAGAGAGCUGGGAGGAGGAUGGAGAAAUCCAAGAAUUGGAGAUAAGGAAAGAGAAGAGCCCAGCUAAGACGGGAAAGUCCUCGUUGCUCCGCCAGGAAUUCCUGGAACAUGACCAGCAAAUUGUGGCUCUGCUCUCUAUGGUGAGACACAUCGAGGUUCGCCUCAAGCAGCAGCAGCAACAGUCGAUUGGUCGCAGCCUCAUUGCCCUUGAUGACAUCAUCAAACAGACAGAGACCUUGGAUCUAGAACUUUGGGAUUUAGAAUCCCAGGUCAAAAAGGAAGUGGAUGCUGCUGGGCAGCUGCUGGAGCCCCGCCCACAGGAAGUACCACCUCAGCUACUAUUGGCCUURGAAAAGGAUGGGCGAAGCUUAGCUCGAGGUUACGAAGCCGCCAGAGGGGUUUCAGAAAACAUYCUGCAGGGGAUGCGCGCACACAGAGAGGCACAUAAGGAGGCAGUGACUGGGGAACAGAAGUCACUUGGAGGRCGAGUAGAGGAUCUUCUCUUCUGGCUGAAGGAGACUGAGGCACAAAUUACAGGAAUGGAUGGGCAAMCCCAGGGCGAGACUCCUKCUCAGCGCACMCAACAGCUCCAGCUAUGCAAGGAGUUGCAGUCGUCUCUCUCGGCACGCUCCAAUGACGUCAACGCGCUUGCCUUUGACAUCCAGGUGUUCAUCUCGGAGCGGGCUCAGGACCUGGCUCCMGAACAGAGCAGGCACCUCCUUGGGCAGCURCAACAGCUCCAGAGGGGCUUCCACCGAGCCGCUGGCCAAGCCCACGCCAAGACYGACGCCCUCGCCGCCCGGAGAGAGAGGGAGGAGGAGAGGCAGCGCAGACGCGAAGAAAAGGAAGAGGAAGAGGAGGAGAGAGAAAGAGAGAGACAGAGUGCAAGGGASAGAGAGGUUGGCAAACCGCUGGCUAUGUUGCGCAGUCCCAUUUGGAGUUCUGGAAUAMAUGUUGUGGUGCAGCAGCAGAAAGCAGAGUGCUCACAAAAAUUGGAAGGCCUUACAAUGUGGUUGGCCGGAGCUGCCAGCGUGCUGGCCAAUCAAAGAGCGGGAGCAGAGUCGGGUGACGUGAAUGUGCUGCAGCAGAAACGGAGCGAGCUGAAGGAAGUACAGAAGGACCUGCAGACCAGAGGCGAGGGCGUGGCGGAGACCAUCCGCUCGGUGGAGGAGUUCCUGGCGGAGCACGGUGACAGCCUGAGUCCAGAGGACAGGGCCAACCUCCAGGGGGCACUCUCCCGUAUGAAGGAGCAGUACAGUGCCCUGACGGACACGGCCUACUCCUCCCUGGCCCAGCUGGACACGGCCAUCAGCACCRCCGUCCAACAGAACACACAGAGGGCGAAGGCAGUAGAGGAGCUGCAGGAGACGCGGUGUCAGAUCGACUCGCUGCUAGAGGAGCUCUCCUCCCUGAACCAGCCUGGGAAAAGAGGAACUGGCAUGACUGUUACUGACCACCCCUCCUCGCCAGAGGGAAGACUACAAUCACACAGCGACAUGCUCCAGGCAGAGCUCCAGCAGCUCCAGGCCCAGCAGGCMCAGCUGAUGCAGGUGUCCCAGAACGCUCGCUCCCUCCUGGACCAGCCCGACUCGGCCGUGCCAGCCGAGGAGAAACGGCGUCUGCGGGACCAGCUAGACCAGCUCCAGACCCAACACCAGGAGAAGCUGCGGUCUUGCCAGGAGAGGCUGAGGCGCUCGGAGGCCCUUAAGGACGAGCUGGCCAAGUUCCUCCAGGAGCAGGGAGGCCUGGGGACCUGGCUGGAACAGAGUGAGGGGGAGCUGUGUUCCCUGGGRGAAGGAGAGACGGACGCACAGGGCCUGAAGGGGAGACUGGAAGAGCACAAGAAGCUGGCGGAGGAUGUGAUCUGCCACAGGGCAGACCUGCGCUUCGUGUCCAUCUCGGGUCAGAAGGUGCUGGACUCCUUCCAGGGGGCUCUGGAGAAGGUAGGAGGGUCUGACCCAGCCCUGGAGGAGACCAGGCAGCUGGUCACUGACAAGCUACAGGACGCCAACCACCGCUACACCGCGCUGCACACCAAGUCGUCAGAUCUGGGCGGGCGUCUGUCGGGUCUGUUGGAACGCUACCAGCAGUACCAGGACGAGGCUGUGUCGCUCCACACCUGGCUCAGCGCCCAGGAGCAGAACCAGAGUAUAGCCGGACCCAGCGGAGAGACCGACACACAGACACUACAGAACACACUGCGGGCCGUACAGCUGUUGCAGGAUGAGCUGGCGGAGCGGUCAGUCCAGUUGGAGAAGGUGAGGAGGGYAGGCAGAGAGCUGGCUAACACACAGGAGUCCCCCACUCUCAGAGCUGCCGAGAUCAUCAGCACUGCAGAUGGCCUGGAGAAGAGGUUCAGCUCKCUGUCUGAGUCCGUGUCGGAGCGGGCUGAGCAGCUCCAGACGUCCGUAGCCCAGUCGGUCAGUGUCCAGGAGGGGCUGAAGGGCCUGCUAGCCUGGCUGGACGGCCUACUGCUGACCCCCGGGCCCGUCCAACCCACCGCACAGGCUGUCCAGGAUGCCCUCACACAGAAUCAGAAACUACGCCAGGAGCUGUUAUCCAGACAGGGAAGUGUGGAGGCCACCUGUGACUCUCUCUCCAAACUGCUCCAGAGCUCUGACGCCUCCACGGCCUCCGGGCUCCAGGCGUCACUAGAGAGCCUGACCCAGAGGUACGCCGUGGCACAGGCCAAGCAGGCCGAGAGGGAGGCUGAGCUCCGGGSGCUCCUGCCCAAGCUGGAGAACUAUGAGAGACUGAGUACAGACUUGCAGGGUUUUACUCAGACCAGGCUGAGAGCUCUGAGCCCCGCAGGACAGCCUGACCGCAGUGUGGAGGACUACAGACAGACCAUUGAGGAGGUGAGAGCGGAGCAGGAGCAGGAGGCAGGUCAACUGAAGUCAUUCUGCCAGCUGGGGACAGACCUCAGCCAAGCCAAGGCCCUGACCAGCACACAGACCCUACUGGACAAAGUCAGAGAGGUGUCCGAUGAGUUCGCCCGACUGGAAUCCAACAUCACUGAAAGGAACAACGCCACCCAGAGUUGUGAGCAGCGGUUGGGCCAGUUCCGCUCUCUCUCUGGCUCCCUCCUCAGGUGGCUCCAGACAACACAGGAGCAGCUGCCUCCCAAAGAGCCCAACCUCAGCACAGAGGCCCUGCAGAGGAGAGUGCAGCAGCUCACGGACUUACUGAGUGACUGGGAGGCCCAGGGGGUUCAGGUUCAGGAGCUGAACAAGACUGGAUCAGAACUGGAGACCCUCAUCAUCAACAUCACAGCCCCCCAGGCCAAGACAGGUGUUCCCCAGAUCAAUGGUGCAGACAGCCCCAGCAGGGUUAAUGGCAUUCACACAUGCAAAGACCUGACAGAGAUGCAGGUGGCGGUGGCGGAAGUGAACGGUCGUUACGAGGAGCUGGGAGGGGAACUGAAGAACAGACGGGGGCACCAGGAGGCUUCUCUGGAGCUCAGRCAGAAGGCCAGCCAGGGUACCGAGGAGCUCAGCCGCUGGCUGGGAGACCGGGAGAACAGCCUGCACCUGGGCCAGACCACCACCUCCCCCUCCAAACCUGAGUUGGUACGCGCCCAGGCCCAGGAGAACAAGGCCUUACUGUCUGAGCUGGCAGAGCAUUCUGGGAAGGUGGAGGAGCUGAAGAGCACCCUGGAGAAGCUGAUAGCAGACAACCCAGACUCCCCAGAGGCAGACACCUGGAGACAACAAAUGAAGGAGAUCGACUCCCGCUGGGCAAAGGCCAAUGAGACGGCAGUACAGAGACAGACGGAACUGGAGACCUGUGCYGAUAGGCUGGGCAGCUUUGCCACAGCAGCCAGUCAGUUGGGUCCGUGGCUCAGAGAGAAGGAGCUGAUGAUGAGUGUGCUGGGACCCCUGAGCAUCGACMCCAACAUGCUGAACACCCAGAAACAACAAGUACAGUUCAUGCUGCGUGAGUUUGAGACCCGCCGGCCCCAGUUCGACCAACUCACCCAGGCGGCCGAGGGCAUCCUUUCCCCGUCUGGUGGCGACUCCUCCCCGCAGGAUGCCAAGGACCUAGCRGAGGUCCGGUCCGAGCUGGGCUCCAUCUCUCAGCAGUGGGACGACCUCACUCAACGUCUGUCCCGRCGCUCGGAGCACAUCGACCAGGCCCAGGGCACCAGCGAGCGAUACCAGGCCCUGCUGAAGGACCUUUCGGUUAGCGUGGGGGCGCUAGGCGAGCGGCUGGACGGCCAGGCCUCGCUCAGUGCCCAGCCCGAGGCCCUGAAACAGCGCCUGCAGGAGACAGGCGAGAUCCGCUCUGAGCUGGAGCAGAGGAGGGAAGAGUUGGGCGAGGCGGAGAAGCUGUGCGGCGAGCUGAGCGCCAUCGUGGUUGAACCUUACCUGAGAGACGAGCUGAAGAAGAGGCUGGAGAGCGUGAGCAGCCCGCUGAGGAGCCUGGAGGAGAGGGCCACUGACGGUCUAUCCCAGCUCCAAGCCGCUCUCUCAAGCACCCAGCAGUUCCAGCAGAUGUUCGAGGAGCUGCGGAGCUGGCUGGACAACCAGGGUGGKCAAAGAGACUCUACCGCCGACUCCCUCCCCUGCCAGCCCGAGGCUAUCCGGACCCUGUUUGCCCAGCAAGACGAGCUUCAUCGUGGGGUGGCCAGCCAACGUGGCCCYUACGAGCUCAUCCAGGCCGAGGGGGCCUCCCUGCUCGCCAAGCUACCCGCCGGCGGCGAAGAAMGAUCAGCCUUACAGUCCCGGCUCGCCACCCUACGCCAGGACUGGGAUGAGCUUAAUCAGUGCAUCGUGGAACGCCAGAACCGGCUGAMAACCGCCCUGACCAAGGCCGAGAGUUACCAGCAGCACCGCGCCAAGCUCACGCCCUGGGUGACAGAGUGCGAGAAGCGGGAAGCUGACAUCCAGCCCUCCCUCGACCCUGCGGCCCUGGACGAGGCCUUGCAGAAGGCCAGGCAGCUGGGGUUAGACCUGGAGCACCAUCGCCCACUCCUGGAGGAUUUAAACACUGCAGCCGACCAACUCCUGGAACACUGCCGCGUCGGAGAAGAAGACAUACGUGACGAAAAAGCCCAACUCAACCGUAGAGUCGACGGGCUGGCAGAAAAACUCCAGAACUGUGUUUCCCAGCUGGAAGAGUUAGCGGGUCGACUUAAGGAGUUUGAGGACGGGCGGCAGACGGUGGAGAGGAGGCUGGAGGCGGCGCGGCAUCAGAUCGAGGUGCAGGAGGCGCUKGGCCCACAGGCGUGCAGCAACAAGAGCCUGGAGCGGCUGAGGAGCCAGCAGGAGACGCUSCACUCGCUGCAGCCACAGGUGGCCUACCUGAGGGAUCUGGCCCAGGGGCUKGUGCAGGACGCACCCCACACAGCAGGGGGKGGYGGAGAGGGAGGACAGAGGCUGGAGCAGCAGGCCCGRGACACGGACAGAGAGUUUGGAGACGUCAGCGAAAAGAUUGAAAAGUGCUGUUCCACCCUGGAGUCCCGUCUCCAGGGUGUGGGGGAAGUCCAGUCCUCGGUACGCGACCUCUUCUCCCGCCUGGCCGACCUGGACGACGAGCUGGACUCGCUGAGYCCCGUGGGGCGCGAUGCCGACUCGCUCGCCUCGCAGGCGGACGCCGUCCGCACUUUCCUGGCUCGCCUGGCCACGUUGAGGUCGGAGCUCGAAGGUCACGGGGGCGACUGCACCGCCAUGCUCCGCCGAGAGGGGUCGUCUCCCGAUCUCCUCGCCCUGAGGAGAGAGACGGAGGCCCUGAGCCGCCAGGCUGGGAAGCUGGCCGAGAGGGGCCAGGCCAGACUGGAGCAGAUCGGGGCAGCUGCCGAGAAGGUGGGAGAAUUCUACGCCCAGGUGGCGGCGCUGCAAGGGCUACUGGGACGGGCAGAGGARGGGCUGAACUCGCAGGGCGUGGUGGGGACGGAGGUGGACACCAUCAAGCAGCAGCUGCACGAGUUCAAGGCGGUGGAGAGGGAGCAGGUGGACAGCAUUCAACCCAAGCUGCAGCGCGUGAACGCGGUGGGCCAGGGCCUGAUCCAGAGUGCAGCCAAACACACAGACACCCAGGCUCUGGAGCACGACCUAGAGACCACCAACCUCAGAUGGAACUCCCUCAACAAGAGGAUUGCAGAGCGCAUCGCCCAGUUGCAGGAAGCUCUGUUGCAUUGUGGGAAGUUCCAGGAUGCCCUGGAGCCUCUUCUGAGCUGGCUGAGUGACACGGAGGAACUGGUAGCCAAUCAGAAGCCCCCGUCAGCCGAGUACAGAGUGGUCAAGGCCCAGAUCCAGGAACAGAAGCUGUUACAAAGACUGCUGGACGACCGCAGAGCCACUGUUCAGAUGAUCCAGGGAGAGGGGGAGAGGAUCGCCGCCACGGCCGAGACACAGGACAGAGACAAGAUCCAGAAGCAGCUGGAGAGUCUGGGGGAGAGAUGGGGCGAGCUGCUGGAGAARGCCMGGGCAAGGCAGUGCCAGUUGGAGGAGCUGCAGGCGCUGGCACUUCAGUUCCACGAGGCGGUGGAGCCUCUUGGAGAGUGGCUGAGUGCCACCGAGCGACGCCUGAGCACCGCCGAGCCCAUGGGAACCCAGACUUCCAAGAUCACCCAGCAGAUUACAAAACACAAGUCUCUGAAUGAAGAGAUAGUGAGCAGGAAGAAGCAGGUUGACCAGGCCAUCAAGAACGGACAGGCCCUGCGUCCAAGCAACCACCGGAAAAGCUGGACGGGUAUCAAGUCUCGCACGCUGAGUGACGGGCGGGAGCUAGCAAAACCCUCCAUCCGCGGAGCAGCCCUGGCAGCGAGCAACGAUUCGCCACGCAUCCACGAUCGACGGUCAACCAAUGAGCUGAAGUGUGUGUCGGCGAGAAGGUCUGGUUUUGGACACGGUCAACGAGAUGGGCAGUGCCCCUUAGACCUGGUGCCCUGGCGUGCCCGCGAGGGCCUAGACCGCCUGGUGGCUGACGCCAACCAGCGUCCGAACGGCGGACGAGACCAUCCCCAGCGGGUACAGCUGGUACAGGCUGCCGUCCAGAGGUCACAACAGUAUGAGGAGGCGGUGGACGCGGAGCUGACCUGGGCUGGGGAGACGGAGAGGAAGCUAUCCUCCCUGGGUCCUCUGAGUCUGGAGCCUGACGUCACCGUGGCCCAGCUACAGGUCCAGAGGGCCUUCAAUAUCGACAUCAUCCGACACAAAGACACCGUGGACCAGCUACUCCACACCAGGGACGACAUCCUGGAGACGUGCAGCGACCAGCAGAGAGACGCUCUGAUGGUGAAGACUGACUCGCUAUCUGCCCGCUACGAAGUGGUGAGCCAGCGGCACCAGGAGCGUUUCUCAGCCCUGGAGCAGGCCCAGGUCCUGGUGGCCCGCUUCUGGGAGACCCAGGAGGAGCUGGAGCCCUGGCUGGGGGAGACCGAGACCCUUAUAGCCCAGCUGCCCCCACCCGCCAUCGACACCGAGGCCCUGCGACUACAACAGGAGCAGAUGAGGCUCUUGAGGGAGUCCAUAGCGGAGCACAAGCCCCACAUCGACAAGCUGCUGAAGAUCGGCCCCCAGCUGGCCGUUCUGAGUCACCAGGAGGGGGCCACGGUGAGGCAGCGCUACAGCGACGCCGAGAAACGCUACGCGGCCAUCAAGGAGGAGGUCAAGGGUCACGCCGCCACCCUGGACGAGGCUAUGUCUCAGUCUGCGCAGUUCCAUGACAAGAUGGACCCCCUGUUGGAGACCUUGGAAGGGGCUGUGCAGCGCCUCCGCUCCCCUUCUCCCGUGGCGGCGGAGGCGGAUAAGAUCCGGGAGCAGCUGGCUGAGCACAAGGCAACCGGGCUGGAACUGGACAAACUGCUGCCCUCCUUCUCUGCCCUGUGUGCCCGCGGCGAGGAGCUCAUCAGUAGAGCAGCCCACGACGAUCCUGCCGCUGAAGCCGUGCAUUCCCGUCUCCUGCGUCUGCGCUCCCUGUGGGAUGAGAUCCGGCAGAGGGCUGAGGAGCGGGAGGGGAAGCUGACGGACGUCUUGGACCUGGCUGGGAAGUUCUGGGCCGACAUGGCGGCGCUACUGAGCACGCUCCGUGACUCGCAGGACAUCUCAGGAGGGAGACCCGGGGUGACCCCUCACUCAAUCAAGCAGCAGAUAGAGGCGGCAGAGGCCAUCAAGGCCGAGACAGAUGGGCUGAGGAGGAGCUGGAGUUUGUACGAACCCUUGGGGCUGAACUCAUCGUUGCCUGCGGAGAGAAACGGAGAAAUGAAUGCCGCCUGGGAAGGCCUGAACCCCGGACGUGAGAGAGAGGAUGGAGAGGUGAGGAGGCCUGAUGCCUUCUGGCAGACCAGGAUGACGUUGCAGGUCACGCAGUACAAGGUGGAGGUGUACCAGCAGCAGAUAGACAUGGAGAAGCUGUGCCACCAGGGGGAGCUGCUGCUCAAGAAAGUCUCGGACCAGAACGACAGAGACAUGAUCCAGGAGCCCCUCACGGAGCUCCGACACCUCUGGGACAACCUGGGGGACAAGAUCAUUCACAGACAGCAUAAGUUGGAAGGUGCUCUCCUGGCUCUAGGUCAGUUCCAGCAUGCCUUGUCUGAGCUGCAGUCCUGGCUGAGUCACACCCACGCCACCCUGGACACACAGAGACCCAUCAACUCUGACCCCAAGGCCAUCGAGAUAGAAMUGGCCAGACACCACGUGCUGAGGAACGACGUGCUGUCCCAUCGCUCCACGGUGGAGACGGUGAACGCGGCAGGGGCUGAGCUGCUGGAGUCCAGUCCCGGGGAGGAGGCCAACCACCUCCGCGACCAGCUGGACCACCUCAACCGCGGCUGGGAGAACCUGCUACUCAAGACCCAGGACCGKCARAAACUACUGGAGGCCGCACUGCAUAAGGCGGAGGGUUUCCAUGGUGAGCUGGAGGAGUUCCUGCAGUGGCUGAGGAGGACAGAGAGCCAGCUGUCUGCAGCCAAACCCACAGGUGGCCUGCCUGAGACYGCCCGGGAGCAGCUGCAGCAGCACCUGGAGCUUCAGACCCAGUUGACCCAGCGCGCUGAGCAGUACAACCGGCUGCUGGACGCGGGAGAGUCCAUGUUGCUGUCCCGCGGGGGGGAGGAGGGCGGCCCCGGGGCUGGCACCACCCAGACCCAACAGAACCUGGCCCUGCUGCAGAACAAGUGGGCCAGCCUGAACACCAAGAUGGAUGACCGCAGGGCGAAGCUGGACGAAGCGGUGUCGCUGGCCACAGGGUUCCAGUCCUCCCUCCAGGACACCAUCAACUGGCUGACCCAGGCUGAGCAGACCCUCAACAUGGCUCAGGCCCCCUCCCUCAUCCUGGACACCGUCCUCUUCCAGAUAGACGAACACAAGGUGUUUGUGAAUGAGGUGAACACCCACAGGGAGCAGGUUUUGGCUCUGGAGAAGGCCGGCUCUCAGCUGCGUUUCGCCAGUCUGAAGCAGGAUGUGGUUCUGAUCAAGAACCUUCUGCUGAGUGUUCAGGCCCGCUGGGAUAAGCUGGUGCAGAGGUCCCUGGACCGUGGCAGACACCUCGACGAAGCCCGCAAGAGGGCCAAGCAGUUCCAUGAGGCUUGGAGGAAACUGUCAGACUGGCUGGAGGAGGCUGAGAGCCGCCUAGACUCGGAGCUGGAGAUCUCCAACGAGCCAGACAAGAUCAAAGUACAACUGACCAAACACAAGCGACGUAUAAGGGCGGAGGCAGUGUUCCGCACGGCGGUGGCAGCUGCUGCUGGAGGGCUGUCGGAGGCAGAGCAGACGCUGCGGUUCCGCGGCGUGCCUGCCGAGGAAUGGCGGAGACCUCUGAGACAGCUGCGCCACACCCGGAAUAUGGCCACGUGGAGGAGAAGGGGACCGAAAGUGAACCGGGCAGCGGGCCAGGUUUGCGAGGCCAUCCGUCACGCUCCUCCCGUGGCGGCUCCUCAACUCCUCUCCUCCUGUGAGCAGCAGUACAAGGUGGAGGUGUACCAGCAGCAGAUAGACAUGGAGAAGCUGUGCCACCAGGGGGAGCUGCUGCUCAAGAAAGUCUCGGACCAGAACGACAGAGACAUGAUCCAGGAGCCCCUCACGGAGCUCCGACACCUCUGGGACAACCUGGGGGACAAGAUCAUUCACAGACAGCAUAAGUUGGAAGGUGCUCUCCUGGCUCUAGGUCAGUUCCAGCAUGCCUUGUCUGAGCUGCAGUCCUGGCUGAGUCACACCCACGCCACCCUGGACACACAGAGACCCAUCAACUCUGACCCCAAGGCCAUCGAGAUAGAACUGGCCAAGCACCACGUGCUGAGGAACGACGUGCUGUCCCAUCGGUCCACGGUGGAGACGGUGAACGCGGCGGGGGCUGAGCUGCUGGAGUCCAGUCCCGGGGACGAGGCCAACCACCUCCGCGGCCAGCUGGACCACCUCAACCGCGGCUGGGAGAACCUGCUACUCAAGACCCAGGACCGACAGAAACUACUGGAGGCCGCACUGCACCAGGCGGAGGGUUUCCAUGGUGAGCUAGAGGAGUUCCUGCAGUGGCUGAGGAGGACAGAGAGCCAGCUGUCUGCAGCCAAACCCACAGGUGGCCUGCCUGAGACGGCCCGGGAGCAGCUGCAGCAGCACCUGGAGCUCCAAACCCAGUUGGCCCAGCGCGCUGAGCAGUACAACCGGCUGCUGGACGCGGGAGAGUCCAUGUUGCUUUCCCGCGGGGGGGAGGAGGGUGGCCCCGGAGCUGGUACGACCCAGACCCAACAGAACUUGGCCCUGCUGCAGAACAAGUGGGCCAGCCUGAACACCAAGAUGGACGACCGCAGGGCGAAGCUGGACGAGGCGGUGUCGCUGGCCACAGGGUUCCAGUCCUCGCUCCAGGACACCAUCAACUGGCUGACCCAGGCAGAGCAGACCCUCAACAUGGCCCAGCCCCCCUCCCUCAUCCUGGACACCGUCCUCUUUCAGAUAGACGAACACAAGGUGUUUGUGAAUGAGGUGAACACCCACAGGGAGCAGGUGCUGGCCUUGGAGAAGGCCGGCUCUCAGCUGCGUUUCGCCAGUGUAAAGCAGGAUGUGGUUCUGAUCAAGAACCUGCUGCUGAGUGUACAGGCCCGCUGGGACAAGCUGGUGCAGAGGUCCCUGGACCGUGGCAGACACCUCGACGAGGCCCGCAAGAGGGCCAAGCAGUUCCAUGAGGCGUGGAGGAAACUGUCUGACUGGCUGGAGGAGGCUGAGAGCCGGCUAGACUCAGAGCUGGAGAUCUCCAACGAACCAGACAAGAUCAAAAUACAUCUGACCAAACACAAGGAGUUUCAGAAGGCUCUGGGCUCUAAGCAGCCGGUGUAUGACACCACAGUGAGGUCUGGUAAGGCCAUGAGGGACAAGGCCACGCUGCCCGAAGACACCCAGAAACUAGAUCACCUACUGGGGGAGGUCAGGGACAACUGGGACACAGUCUGUGGGAAGAGUGUUGAGAGGCAACACAAGCUGGAGGAGGCCCUGCUGUUCUCAGGUCAGUUUGCUGAGGCCCUGCAGGCCCUGGUGGACUGGCUGUACCGUGUAGAACCCCAGCUGGCUGAAGACCUGCCAGUCCACGGAGACCUGGACCUGGUCUCCAACCUCAUGGACUCACACAAGGCCUUCCAGAAGGAGUUGGGGAAGAGGACAACUAGUGUCCACGCCCUGAARCGCUCAGCCAGAGAACUGAUGGAGACCGGCCGCGACGACACCGCCUGGGUCAAAGUUCAACUGCAAGAGCUCAGCAACCGCUGGGACACAGUCUGUGCCCUGUCCGUCACCAAGCAGACCCGUCUCCAGCAGGCCCUCAAACAGGCGGAGGAGUUCCGCACGGCGGUGCAGCUGCUGCUGGAGUGGCUGUCGGAGGCAGAGCAGACGCUGCGGUUCCGCGGCGUGCUGCCCGAGGAGGCGGAGACUCUGCAGACGCUGCUCCACACCCACCGGAACUUCAUGGCCACGGUGGAGGAGAAGAGGACCGACGUGAACCGGGCAGCGGGCCRGGGCGAGGCCAUCCUCACCACGUGCCACGCCGACUGCAUCACCACCAUCAAACACUGGAUUACCAUCGUACGCUCCCGCUUUGAAGAGGUCCUCACAUGGGCCAAACAGCACGAGCAGCGUCUGGAGACUGCUCUGACAGAGCUGCUCAACAACGCCACGCUAUUGGAGGAGCUGUUGUCAUGGCUGCAGUGGGCGGAGACCACCCUAGUCCAACGUGACGGAGAGACCCUUCCACAGGACAUCCCUCAGCUCAAAACACUCAUCACAGAACACCAGGUGUUUAUGGAGGAGAUGACCCGGAAGCAGCCUGACGUGGACAAAGUGACCAAGACUUACAAGAGGAAACCAACAGAGCCCCCUAGCAGCCUAGCUGAGAGGAGAGGAGCUCGUAAAAACCAGCAGCAACAACAGCAUCAACAACAGGCGGCGAUGCAAGUCGCCGGGGGCAACCCCCGCUUGACCCAGCUAUGCUCAAGGUGGCAGCAGGUGUGGCUGCUUGCCCUCGACCGCCAGCGGAAGCUCAACGACGCCCUCGACAGGCUUGAAGAGCUGAAAGAGUUUGCCAGCUUUGACUUUGACGUGUGGAGGAAGAAGUACAUGCGCUGGAUGAACCACAAGAAGUCGCGCGUCAUGGACUUYUUCAGACGCAUCGACAAGGACCAGGACGGAAAGAUCACUCGCCAGGAGUUCAUCGACGGCAUCCUGGCCUCAAAGUUCCCCACCAGCAGGUUGGAGAUGACGGCGGUGGCAGACAUCUUUGACCAGGACAGAGAUGGUUACAUCGACUACUACGAGUUUGUGGCAGCGCUGCACCCCAACAAGGACGCCUACCGGCCCACCACCGACGCUGACAAGAUAGAAGACGAGGUGACCAGACAGGUGGCACAGUGUAAAUGUGCYAAGAGGUUCCAGGUGGAGCAGAUAGGAGAGAACAAGUACAGAUUCUUCCUUGGAAACCAGUUUGGUGACUCGCAGCAGUUGCGGUUGGUGCGUAUCCUGCGYAGUACGGUCAUGGUGCGGGUCGGAGGGGGCUGGAUGGCCCUGGACGAGUUCCUGGUCAAGAACGAUCCCUGCAGAGCCCGAGGCCGUACCAACCUGGAGCUGCGUGAGAAGUUCAUCCUUCCGGAGGGUGCUUCCCACGGCCUGGCGGCGUUCCGCUCCCGAGGCCGGCGCUCCAAACCCGGCUCCCGCACGGCCUCGCCCACCCGCUCCUCCUCCUCGGCCUCGCACAGCGCACAUAGCUGCGCAUCCUUGCCCUCUGCUCCCGCCACCCCCACCGCCUCCUCUAGGUCCUCAAACUCGCGUGGCUAUGCCAAGCCCUGGCUGGCACACAGUAAAACUCCAACACCAACCAAGUGCCAGUCCUGCCCAGACCACGACCACACCACCCCUGGGCAUGAGGGAGCAGCGUCGGGGUCCAAGCUGAAGAGGCCCACCUUCCACUCCAGCCGAGGGUCUCUGACUGGAGAGAAUGGAGGAGCUACACCCAUUUCUACUAAACCUGGACGUACCGACCCCAAGCGUACCCCAUCGGGUGCCAGUGGUCCGGUCAGCCGGGCGGGCAGCCGAGCGGGCAGCAGGGCAAGCAGCCGGCGGGGCAGUGACGCUUCGGAUGCCUCUGAGCUCCUGGAGACUCGCUCGGCCUGCUCGGACGCCUCGGACACCCCCCGGCGCCCAGGAGCGGCCAAGCCCUCCAAGAUCCCUACCAUCUCCAAGAAGGCCCCAAGCCCCAAGACACCCGCUUCUGGGAAGAAAUAGUGAAGGAGAUGUCAAAAAGACGUCAUAAAAAUGUCAUACAGCCAACCAUAGAGUCGUCAACAUAACAGCGUCAUACAUCUAACUAUCGGGCUGGUUUGACUCCAAGGGCUUCCCCAGCCCCCCAAAACACCAGCCAUGUUGAAAUAGGGAAGAUGUCCAGACUAUAGAAUUAGAUCAAGUAGAAMGCACCAUCUCCUUUUCAAAGAGACGCUCUAUAGUGAACAGACUACUGGCGGCCAUAUUGGGUGUCACAUUUGAUCCAAACGUCCAUCCAUAGGGCUUGCAUGGGAUUCAUGCACCAAGACUACUGUAUGAAGGGCAGGGAGAGAGAGGGAUAGAUAGGGGAAGAUAUCUCUCUUUUCCUCCCUCGUUCACACACUCGAAAUCAAACUCACUGGGGGUGUCGGGUUCGUGCACUUAGACGGAACAGAACUUUCCCCUUUUAAAACCCAGAUCCCAGWUUGCCUUCCAGUCUCCUGUGUGCUCUSUCUCGUAACGGGAUUGUGCUAGACUGUUGUAGAGAAAGCCACAGCAAUUUGAACCGACAACCAACCAACAUAAUGCUGCCUUACUGUGUUACACAUUUCUGUCCUGUUACCUAAUCUGAGUUCCAGAGAACGUUAGGUAGAGCCUUGUAACUACUUUGUGUAUGUACACACUGACACGCACAGAACUGAAGUACACACACACACAUUGAGGGGAGAGAUUAAAUGACUCAGAACUUCCUGGAGAAUGGCAUUCAAAAGAACUGGAUUGUGGGUAUUGUGGACAUUUUUUUUCUCACCAUGAGUUCAACUGAAAAUAUGCAAUGAUUGCUGUCUUGUUUUUUUUCCUCCCCUGGACUGGGAAGUGAAGCGGAAUGACACUUCAGCAUGUCUGUGGGUCGGGAACAUCUAGACUAGCGUGAAUCUACUGUUCAGUGUCUGGGCGGCGCCACUCUGACCACUUCCUGCACUGAGCUAACUGCCUAAACCUCAAGCCCAGGAGACCGUGGAAGUGGCGGGAAACACAUUGCAAUGUCUUCACAAACCACUGCAACAUUGGAAGUGUGUUUAAAGGUKUGAGUGUGUGUUUGAUGGAAUGGAGGGUUUCUCAUGUUGUCCUAUAAUACUGUAUGAAACCUCUGUGUCUGAGAAGAAAAGCACUAUUUCUUGGUGGGACCCCACUAACAGCAAAAACAUGACAGUGUGAAACAAUGUAGUGGAUUGUAAGGACACACAAUUUAAGCGACUAUAAUUCUACGAUUAGAGAUUGAAGACCAGCACACACUGACGGUGUAUCGCUACGGUGUAUCGCUGUAAUUCCACAUUGCCCCUCCCCCUACGUUGCCGCUGGAAACCCCAUAGCCGCAAACACACAUCWUUGUAUACGUGUGUCAACGUGUUACAGGAAUCAAAGGUCAUCGACUUGUGUCACCGUAUGCAAAGAUUUCAUUUGUGAAUGUCUUUCAUUCUGGUUAAUUUAUAAUCCUGUUGUAUUUGUUUUUAGUUUUGCUUUUGUAGUUUAAGAAAACAUUUAUAUUUAUUUUUCAGUUCUGUAUCAUCACCUUGGAGAAUGAUUAGUAUUAAUAUAAUGAAAUCAUGAUCUUUUGUACCAAGGAAAAUGUCUGCUCCUCUCUUCAACGUUGUAUGUUAUUACUUCUUAACUUUACUCAACUAGGAAGCUGACUUGAUUUCCAUGGCAGCCUUUUUUGCUAAUGACUACAACUCCCUGAACAUGACCAAAGGGGGUUGCCUUUAUUGUGUUGACAAAAGAACUACAAAUAUGGAUGACAGGGAACCGAACCCCCAGUGUCCCUCCUUACAGGCGUUUGAAUUGUCAUGUCUUUGAUGGCUGCAAAUGUGCUCCCCUAUUUCUUAAUGUGAGAGCUAAAGUAUAUGAAAACUUAAUGAUCGCAAAUGUCAUCUUGAGGUGAUUUUAUUUAUUUAUUGUCUCUUUGGGGGUGGGGAUCCGGGGACGCCAACGAGGAACCCACCUUCUGAUGCGGUGUUAUUCUCUGUGAUGAAGAGAAAAUAUGUCGGUGGGAGGGGGGGUUAGAAGUCAAUUGUGUAAAAUAAAAAAGCUAAGAUUAUAAACCAUUUUUGUUCUCUUUUUGUAUUAAAAAUAUGCUUGCAGUAAAAAA